CACACCAGCAGAAGCAGCUUCUGCUUCUGCCAUAGGAGCAAACAGCAAGCACACAGCGUGGGAAAUCAGUGAGCAGCCAGAGACAAACAGGAGCGUCUCGCUGGCAUGCUCUUGACUCAGAAAAGCAAAUACCACCCAAGGACAAAGUGAUCUGAUGGAGGUGACUGAGGGAAAGUCUGGGAAGCCCCUGAUUUCACACCAGCACAUGCAAGAGUACACAGGGAUGAGUGAGCACUGGAGAAAGAGCUGAACGCCUGCUUCUGCACAGCCCUGACAUUUCGGAAAGUAAAGGUUGGCCAGGAGAGGUGCUGCCUGUUUGUGCGCUGGCCACGGGCUCAGGACAAUAUUGGGACUGCCCCAACGUGAGCUCAUUUUUCCGCCUGACUCCUGCAGUGUUCUUCCCAGGAGCAGAUGAGAGGGAUGAAUUUUGGCAAAUGACAGCAAAGGCGCUGACUCCACGCCGAGCAUCCUGCCCUCACAGGAAUGGCCAUCAUGUCCCAGAGGAGCCCCGGCAGUCAGGGAUGCACAGGCAGAGCAGAUGGGAAGAAGAGUUUUUAUAAAGGUGGGGAUAAUGAGGAGCUUCACGAAAUAAAGUUUGGAGAGAGAAAGCUCAGCUUUUUUUGGGCUGACUUUAUUCAGAGGGUCUUCACACCCACUUCCUUCUGACGUCUUCUUUCUGUAUAGUUACUGAAUUCUGGUGCUUCACCUCUAUUUAAAAACAGAAAGUAAUUAAAACUGCCUGGAAACUACAAGAGCAGCAAGAAGUAUUUGAAGACAUUGAGAGACAAGAUAUAUGGAAACCUUCUGCUUGUAGAUAGGCUGUUUUCCCAAAGGUGGAAACUACAGGAGUAUGUAGAUGAGAGGGAAAAUCUCCCUGCCAGAUCCCAUUGAAAUCUCCAUUUUGGGCACUGCUGCUCCGCUGCUGCUAAGGUCCUUCCAUCGUCCCACUGCAGCGAGCAGAGCCAACACUGGGCAACCCUCUAAAAUGUUUAUUUGGACCAGUGGCCGGAGCUCUACAUCUUACAGACAUGAUGAGAAAAGAAAUAUUUACCAAAAAAUCAGGGAUCACGAUCUACUGGACAAAAGGAAAACAGUCACAGCCCUAAAAGCUGGAGAAGACAGGGCCAUACUCCUCGGGCUGGCCAUGAUGGUGUGCUCUAUCAUGAUGUACUUCCUCCUGGGGAUCACGCUGCUGCGCUCCUACAUGCAAAGUGUCUGGACAGAAGAGACUCAGUGCUCACUUCUCAAUGCAUCCAUCACAGAAACCUUCAACUGCUCAUUUAACUGCGGCCCAGACUGCUGGAAAAUCUCACAGUACCCCUGCCUCCAGGUGUACGUUAAUCUCACCUCUUCUGGCCAGAAGCUCCUGCUCUAUCACACCGAGGAAACAAUGAAAAUUAAUUCCGAGUGUUCCUACAUCCCCAAGUGCGGGAAGAAUUAUGAGGAAUCCAUGUCUCUGGUGAAUGUCGUGAUGGAAAACUUCAGGAAGUACCAACGCUUCUCCUGCUUCUAUGACCCUGAAGGCGUUCAGAAGAACGUGAUAUUAACCAAACUGUACAGCUCCAAUGUGCUGUUCCACUCCCUGUUCUGGCCCACCUGCAUGAUGAUCGGCGGGGUCGCCAUUGUCGCGAUGGUAAAGCUGACUCAGUACCUUUCCCUCCUCUGUGAGAGAAUCCAAAGGAUCAACAGAUAGGAAUGAAAACUUCUCUGAAAUUUAACUACAGCGAAAAUACUGUUUUCUCAUUCUUCACCAAAGAACCUUAAGUUUGUAAUGUGCAAGUCUGUUCUAAGUUCCUUAUGAUAUUCUUAUAAGUAGAGCAAUAAUGCAAAAGCUGUUCUAUAUGCAAACAUGAUGUUAUUAUUAUGCAGACAACUGAAGAAGUUACUGUUUUGUGUUGACUGUCUAUAUGAUCUUGUUUUAUGCUGGGACUAGUACUUCUUUCUUUUCUACAGCCAAAAUAGGGCUCAGUGUGACCAUUUGCCAAGCUUAGUCAAUUGACGUUUUCAAUGUAAAGAAUUCUGGGGAAAAUUCACCACUGGAUGAAGGGCAGCCAACCACUUGUGCAUCAUUGAGGUCUCACAUCUAGCUUGGUCCGUUCAAAGGAUUUAUGGCUUUGGCUUUUUUAUUAAUGGCUGCAGGGGGGAAAAGAGCACUGAUAAAGGGGGGGUGUGUGUGGUAAGAUGGCACAAAAAGGAUGUAUACUGAGGCCAAGAUAAGUGUACAGUAUUUUCAGCCUCAGCAGGACUUGGUGAUGCUUUGUGUUUGCUCCCACAGUUCAGAAGUAAAUUGUACCCUAUGGUGUUUAAGGUCUUUUGGAAAACACUUUGGAGUUUUGUUGUGUUUUGUUUAGUGUAUAAUUUCCUUCUGUCUUAUCAACAUAAUCUUUGUCAAUUGCAGAAGCUGUAGCCAAAAAAAAAAAAACACCUUGUUCCAUUUUCUAUUCUAUUUUGAGCCCUAUUGAUGGAGGUGGGACCA